CCAUCUCCCACGAACGCUGUCGCAUAAUGCGCGUUAAAAGAAGGCAAGAAUCCGGCGCAUCUAUAUCUGCUUCCCAAUAAUGCGCUAACAACUCUUCGAUAAAUGCCCCCAUAGCGGCGGCUACGCAGCGCAGCACCCCGCCGCCGCCGUAGAAGAAGACCAGAGGACGACGACGCUACCUUCGCUAAUCCCGAUUCUGGAGCGUGCGGCGGCGGUGGAGAGUAGUAGGCCUGCCGGCUCUGUGGCGCUGAAGUACUGCCUUUAGAUUGGCUGGAUAUGGAUCUAAUUCUCCCGUUCAAAGUUGGAGAUCUUGCCGAGUCAAAGUCUUUUGUUAAGGGUUACACAGGUGCAUGGUUCCGCUCCAAGAUUAUUGAUAUGCGUGUCACAGAAUCUGGGCACCUUGAGUAUUACUUGGAGUAUAUUGACUAUACUGAAGAAGAGAAUGAAUGGAUCAGAGUCUUUCAAAAGAACCCACUCAGCCCAGCAUGCGGGGAAGGGAAAUCAAGUGAGAGUACUGAAAUAAUGUUGCGUCCUGCCUUUCCUCAUUGGUAUAGGGGGGGACAAGUUCCUGCGCACUUUCCAAAGAAUGAGCUUGUUGCAAGUGUUUGUGAUACCUGGAAAGUAGGUGACAAGGUUGACUGGCGGUGUUCAGAUUGUUACUGGACUGCGGAAAUUAUUAGGUUGAACAGUAGAGAUGUGGUUCAGGUAAUGCUGUUGGAUCCUCCCAUGGGUGAAGGCGGGCAACAUCCUGCUAAGAAAAAGGACCUGAGGCCUGCACUUGAUUGGUCCAUCAUUAAAGGUUGGACUGUACCUGUUUCGGCGGCUAAAGGGAAAUACUGGCAAGCUGCUCGUCUGGUUCAUCCUAAAUCUGAUAUAGAAGACAGCAUCACAGAUGAAGAUGAAGCCCCGGGAUCUCCAACCGUCAAAAGACCCUCAUCGGACACAAGCAGCAUAUCUAAGCUAAGCAAUCGGAGCGACACCAUCCUGGCGUCCACCGAAAAGUUGGGGCAGGCACAUGAAUCAUCAGACCCCAGUCGACGGAGUACCCGCAGUUCCAGUAAGCGACAGAUAUCUCCUGCCACUGUCAAAGGAGCUGCUAUGGCAGAACCGAACGGGCCCUCUAAUGGAAACGGUUCCCACCGCCGGUACCCCUUUCGGGUCCGAAGGAACGCAGCAGGGCAGCAGAGAUAAGCUGGUAAUGCGGCACACCAAGUUGACCCCCCCUAUGGGGUUGACGGGCAUUACGGAUACUUAGGGCCUGUUUGGAGUCCCUCCCGCUCUGUGACCCCGCUCCCGGAGCUGGCGGAGCUGAAGUUAAAAAUCACGGAGCAGGAGAGCAGGUGCUCUGCAGAUCCUCGGAUUUCGCGGAGCCAGUGGAUUGCCGAACAGCUCCUUAGUGUUAUACUCCCUCCGUUCUAAAAUUUGUACAAAGUUGAGUCAUCUAUUUUGGAACGGAGGGAGUACCACAUAGCUCUAGAUACAUUGAGGAAAUGGUUGAUAGAUGCCUUUGCGGAAUCGGCCACAUAGGCACGUGACAUUUCUGAUGAGAGUAUCUGGGGUGUGAUCCAUUGACUGAUUGUUAUACUUGGUAAAAGUUGUAAACUUAAGGCUGGUUAUUACUCUGCCUCGCGUUGUCAAGUGUCCGAAUCAGAUAUGCUGCACCGUGAUGAAAAUAGAUAUAUUACCCCUAGUUAUUUCA